GGCACGCCUCGGCUGUCGGGGUUUUUAUAAAACGCUGUGGAAAGUCGUGUUUAUCGUGUGCUAAAAUGGGUAAAGGAGUGAUCAUUUCGCUGGUGGUUGCUGUAAUAGCAGCCCUAAUCGGUGAAAGGAUUGUAAAUAUAAGGAAAAGGACGCUAGCCUCCAGGGAGUUGGUCCAGAAUCACCUACCUGACUGCGUUUUCAUCCCAAAUCUGAAUGGAGGCUCUGAGGAUAUAACUAUACUUGGAAACGGCCUCGCAUUCAUCAGCACUGGUUUGAAGUACCCUGGAAUGCCAUCCACGGAUGAACCAGGAAAACUCUUCACCCUAGACCUGAAAGAGCCACGGUUGAAACCAUCAGAGCUCCGCAUGCCCAGAAACUUCGAUCUUGAGUCAUUCAACCCUCAUGGCAUUAGUGUAUACAGCGAUCCGAGUGAUGACACGGUAUACCUGUUUGUCGUCAAUCACCCUCAACACGGGAGCCAGAUAGAGCUCUUUAAAUUUAUUGAGGACGACUACUCUCUGGUGCACUUGAAAACCAUCAAGCAUGAGCUGCUCCACAGUGUGAAUGAUAUUGUUGCAGUCGGGGUGGAGAGCUUCUAUGCAACCAACGAUCACUACUAUACCCAUCAGAUCAUGAAAGGAAUAGUGGAACCUUUACUGGCUCAGCCUUGGUCUAACGUUGUGUACUACAGUCCUGAAAAAGUAAAGGUGGUCUCUGAGGGAUAUUACUUUGCAAAUGGCAUCAAUAUCUCACCAGACGAAACGCACGUAUAUGUGGUAGAUCUGUUAGACCACAAUGUGCAUGUGCUGGAGAGGAAGGAGGAUGAUGCAUUGGUGCCUGUGAAGGCUGUGGCAGUGGGUUCACUCUGUGACAACGUUGAAGUUGAUCCUGAAUCUGGUGACCUGUGGUUAGGCUGUCACCCCAACGCAUGGAAGGCGUUGUUUUUUGACCCCAAUGACCCACCUGGUUCAGAGGUUAUCCAAAUCCAGAACAUUCAUUCUGAUCAACCUGUGGUUAAACAGGUGUACGCUGAUGAUGGUCAUGUGAUCAUCGGGUCUUCUGUAGCAGCUACCUACGGGGGAAAGCUGCUCAUUGGCACAGUUUUCCACAAAGCUUUAUCCUGUGAUUUGGUGUAGCAGUGAAGUUAAUGAUUUCAUGUACAAUUCUGUGGAAUCAGGGGUGUCGUCAACUUUUAAAGCACAAUAUGGGGACAACGACAUUUUUUUUGUAAAGCUUUGCUCAAAGAUGGUGAUUGUAAUAGCUGGUAUAUUAUUAUAACAGUGCAGGUGCAAGGAUAAUCUUUGGCUUUGUCCUAGACAUUGCUUUAAGAUGUACACAAGGACUGGACUGUGUGUGUGUCCUCCAGGAAAUACUUUGGAAAAGCUGGUGUCAUUGCUAUAGUCAAACACUGUGAAAGAGUUGUGCGACAAUUUGUUUGAUAAAAAUACAUUUUUCCCUAAUCACUUCCUUCUGUAUGUUGUGUAAGGAAUGGCAUUGGAUUUUUUAAAUUGCCUUUUUGUGUCUAAAUGUCUUCCCAAAUGCUGAGGGUACUAAAAAAGGUGUCACUGAUUCAUGGAUUUUAUGGUAAAGCAAUAAAGAGACACAUGGUGCUACUGAACUGUA